AAUGUAAUAUCGGAACUGUGUAGUAAUUUGCAGAUUUGUUGCACCAUUAAGAGUUAUCGCUUGUGUUUCGUUAGCCUAUCACGUAAAUACAGGAUUUAAUAUGAUACAAUGCAUAUAUCAUUGUAAAAUGACAAGCAUAUUUCAGCAAUAAAAUUCUGAAUAAUGUGUGCAACUUUAAUUUCAUUGUUUCAAUGAAACUACUUAAUAUUUGUGGUCAUUUUAAAUGCUAAUUAAUCAUCAAUGAUAAAGGAUUGUUUUGAUUGUUACUUAUCCGCUUUCAGUUAAAAAUAGGGAAAACAAUAAAUGUACAAGGUGAACAAAUCUCUGGGUUUUAGUGUGAGACAUAUGUCUUUGUUUAGAUAUGAUUGAUCAAGUGAUGGUUUAUAAGACUUGUUUAUUUGCAAUUCUGCAAUAAUAUUUGCAACGUUUGAAAUUGAUAAUAUCUUUUUCCAUUUGGAUAUAGUUAUGAACAACUUUUGUUUCUACCGCCAUAUUGUGAUAACACUGAUCAUUUUUCAAGAAAUGGUGGUCUUGUCCCUUUCUCACCGGGUUGGAACGUUUCAACUACACCGGAAUAUAUGUAACAGAAGAUGUGGAGGGUAUCUUGCAUGCAUUGUUAGGGGAAUAGAACAAAGGUGUGAUCAUAUAGCCAAUGCAGAAAACCUAGCAUCACAUGAAAACACAUUUGUAAUAACGAGACGAAAUAAUCUAGGAUUUGUUUAUCCAAACGAAAUGCUUUCGGAUAGGCAAUUAUCGGCUAACAAUCAUGUUAUAGUACCUCAACCACUCGACUUAUCAGGUUCGCAGCCAACUACAGUAUUGAACCAUGAACAACAAACUGAUGUUAUAACAAGACACAGAUCGGAACAAGAUCUACACAAUAGCCGAAUUGGACAAGCAAUAGCCCACACUCUUCUGCAUAAAAUUGGUAGAAAUAGACAGGUGCCAUUAUCACAAAACAGUAGAAAUAUUACGUCAUUUGGACGGCGAGAUUCUAAAAUAAAACUAACAGACGAUAAACAAGGGAACCAACCGACUGUCAAUAGUGAACGAACAACGCCACCGGCCAUAAAUUCAAACGCAGCGCAAGAUAAAAGUGCCACCUGUACAGUAUGUGACAGCAAUUCAGAUUGCACGGACGGCAAUUACUGUUACUACUCUGCAACAUGUGCCAGGCGAACAUGUCAACCUCUCUGACAAUAACUUUCAUGCAGUUUUAAAAAAGUCGUGUGGGUUUAUUUAAAUCUAUUUAUAAAUAUCUGUAAUGAAUUCCAAUUAAAUUAUUGAAUAAACAAA